ACACGCCUUAACGUGACGAGUCUAUGAUUGAUACGUGUCCUUCCAACGCGGACAGGGGAAGAAAAGGGACCCGUGUUAAAGAUUCUGAGAGGAUACAAAAAGAGACCAUCAGUUGGCUUUUAAUUCGCUUACAUAACUUGUUUAAGGUUGCAAUUGCAUUUUUCAGAUUUUUAAGGACAUCGGAUUUUCGUGAGAGAAGGCGAACAACGUGUCGUCUGCUUCAUUGUCUCCUGAUUGUGCGUUCAUGUUCAAAAACGGAUUCGUCUAGCCCAGUAUUGUGUUACACUGUCAAGCGGAGCCACGCAAGUGAUUUUGGGUUGAUCUGAUAGUAACCAUAGUGACCACAGACACACAGGUGCGAAGUUGGACAAAACUGUGCAACAGGACAGCGAGACACCAACCCGGAAUCGGCGCGCCGGUGGACGUUCACAGCUCUCUAUUUGAGACCUGUGAACCAUUCGGGCGACAUUGGCCCAAAUUCGCAUGAUACAUAGAGGACUAACACGUUCAAACAAUAAUAUCAAAAGCUUUUGCGGCUACCAUCACCUCCGCGGUUGAGUAAGCAGCGCGUAAACUUGUCAGAUACACGCCUAUUUCUCACCCUGAUUGGCCCGAGCCAAAGCAGCAGCCAAUCAGAUUGCUCGUUUCAUUAAUACACUUCACGAAACCAGAAUCGCAUUGCUUUACCAUAUCAAAUACUCAGUGAACUCUAGAAAGGAAAGGACGUGUGGUGAUCUCCAAUGACUAUAGAGAGAUACCAUCACACUGUGGCCGAGCAGAGUGGCAAUAUGGCUUUUAAUCCCUUUCUCUUACACCGGCCUUCGGAUUACAGUGUCCACAGCUUACUAGCCCAUCCACAUUAUUUGCCAAGUGUAUUACCACAUCAUGGACUACCUUCAUCAAUAUUGCCAAAGUUGCAACAGACUGUGGCCAGGGGUCCCCUGACCCCGGCAGACCUGUUAACGCAGCAUAUACCUAGGCCCUUACGGAGUAUAGACCCUGCAGAAAAUGAGGUUCACGAUGACCCAAAGGUUGAGUUGGAUGGCAAGGACCUGUGGGAGCAGUUUCAUAAAUACGGGACAGAGAUGGUGAUAACAAAAUCAGGAAGGCGAAUGUUUCCCCCGUUCAAAGUGAAAAUCAGCGGUCUAGACAAACGUGCCAAAUACAUUCUACUCAUGGACAUUGUUGCAGUCGACGACUGCAGGUACAAAUUCCACAACAGCCGCUGGAUGGUGGCAGGAAAAGCCGACCCUGAAAUGCCGAAACGAAUGUACAUCCACCCUGACUCGCCGAGCACCGGGGAACAGUGGAUGCAGAAAAUGGCAACAUUCCAUAAAUUAAAACUUACCAACAACAUAUCAGAUAAACACGGAUUUGAGAUGGUGCAAGGCUCACUUAUGUACGGGACACAGGUUAUAUCAUCGCCAAAAACGAUAUUAAAUUCGAUGCACAAGUAUCAACCACGUUUCCAUCUAGUCCGAGCUAACGAUAUACUCAAGUUACCAUACAGUCAAUUCAGAACGUAUGUCUUUAAAGAAACAGAAUUUAUCGCCGUUACUGCAUAUCAGAAUGAGAAGAUAACUCAGUUGAAAAUAGACCACAAUCCAUUUGCCAAAGGAUUCCGAGAUACCGGGAGUGGAAAGAGGGAAAAGAAGAAACUCAUAAUGUCGUCACAUUCCUCAGUGCAACAGCCACACCACUCAAGUCACGACCAGUCUGUGGACCACGACGACAACAGCGAUAUGGAAGAUGAGAACAUGGAGAUAUGUGUCGAUGUCAAUGACGACUCGGAUAAUGAACUCCCAAUAACUGUGCCAAUAUUACCUUCAAAAAACACUGAAUCUGAAAAUGAUGACCGGAGUGCGACUAGUCAGCCCCCGAGCAGGGAGGUGGAGCGAGAGGAAAACAGCUCGCCGCUUAGCUUAGUACGGGACCACAAAGACUGUGCCAGUGUACGCGUAGACGUGGAGGACCCACAGAGAGAAAAAUCCUUAGAAAGUCACACGGAAAGAGACAGUGAAAAAACAGAAACUUCAGCGCCGACGGCAAGAAUUGUUGAUGAGAACACUAGCGCCGUUAAGCAAAUGUCACCCAGGUCUGAUAUGCGUGAUGAGCGAGUGAGAUGUGGUCGGGAAGACGAUAGGCUGCGGUUAGAUGACCAGAGAAGACUCGACGAACAUAGACUGAGGUUAGCCGAGCGGAGGCCGAGGUCGGACGAAGUUCCAGUACGUCACGUGGACGACCGAUCACGAGCAGAUGAACAUCAACGCUUAGCUGCCGAGGACAUCCGGAAUCGAAUCCAGGAGCAUCGUCGGUUGGAGGACCACAGGUUGAAUAUGGACCGCGAAAGAGGCCGACUAUCGGUUUCCUCACUUUCACCACGCUCGGAGCGUUCAGACAAUCGUAGCCCCAGGCGAACGCCGCCAUCUUUGGAGGCCAGCCACAAAGAAAAGGAGCCAACUUCUCCGCCCAAUGUAACGGUUUUACACCCGUCGGCUAGCCAUCCGAUGUUAUCAUAUCUAUAUCAGUCAGGAGCGUAUGCUAACGGUCUGCACGGCCUACCAAACUUUCCGCACCCAGCUUUAUACGGCUCUGGUUCCAGUUCUUUGAAUCCGUUUCUGGCGGCAUCUGGAGUGACCAGUGAUCUAGUCUCGCAUCUCCCGCCAAUAUCCGCGGCCGCUCACAUGGCUGGUUUCAGUGUGCCCAACAUGGUGCUAAACUCUCAACUCGCGCAUCUAGCCGGACAUCCGUUACUCCAUCAAAACUUUCCAUUUACUACAACCUCAUCUGACUCUUCCUACAUGAACAGCCAUAUUGGACCUCUCUUCUCGCGGCAUUCUCACAGAUUCUCGCCAUAUUCUUUGCCAUUAACAAAAACAACAAUGGUGACGACGUCAGCACCUCUUCCUUCCACUGGAACUUCGUCUACGUCAUCCGUAAACGGUUUGCGGGGCGACCGGCUAUCGCCGAGUCCCCUGAACCGGCAGAGGGUCUCCCCCAGUGCUACAAGCCUGCCCACAUCAAACACAGUGCCAAGUGAAUUAGAAAACAUUGAACGAAUGGUCGAUGGACUUGAACGGAAGCACGACCAUCAUGGUUCUGAGGCAUUUACAAAAUUCAGCGCCGGAGAAAAGUAGACGAGUGUAAUUCCUCAAUAACUGUUUGGGGCCUGGUUACGACAAAAUCUUGGAUUAUUAGAAUGUAAAAAAGUCAAAUGUAUGUAUUCUCAACAAGCUGAUAACUUGAUUGUACACAAGGACAAUCAUAUUUGGUACAAGUCAUAGCAUUCUGAUGAUAUCCUCAGCCCUUGAUAUCUUUGAGCAUUUACAAUGAACAUAACUUUUCUUAUAGAUGUAUUUAAAAAUACUUUAUAUAGGCCUAUACAUCAUUCUGAAUAUUCUGUCUGUUACAUAACAAAUCGUGUCAGUUCUAUUGGUACUGUUAAACCCAAACAUGCGACGAUUUCUUUCGUUGAGAUAGAAUUACGGCAUCACAACAAAAUUUGACCCUGUUUGUACAGAUAAACUUACGCAAAGUAAAGUGUGACCAUAGGUUUACGGAUGUACUAUAUCCGUGCUAUCAUUAUCUCAAUUACUAAUUUUUUCCUUUCAUGUCGAUGAUAAUGAAUCCAUUUUCUGUGAUUAUCGACAGUAUUACAUUUAUCUUGCAGUAUUUUGUUCUAUCUGAGACUUUAAAAUUUGUGACCUAUGUUCUACUAAAUGUAUAUUCCAAGCGCGUAUGGUAGUAAUAUAUCGGGCCGUAGCAUGUGCAUGUAUACAUUACAUGUACAAUACUUACUUGUACACAGUUUCUCUACAAAAGUGCAAUAGAAAUGUCAUGUGCUAGAAGAUCCAACAGCUUGAAAUUAAUCAAACUUGGCUGCGUAUUUCUGAUGUAAUGUGAAGUAUAGAUUCCACGUUGGUAAAGGCAGUGACGGUUUGUUUCCAUUAGGAUUUAAGAGACAAGUACACAGGAAAAAUAUGAAAAUUGUUAAUCUGUUCAUCGAAUUGCAGUUAGAAACUGUUCAUAGGAACCUGAGUUUUUAUAUACCAUUACACUCACCAUAAGAUUAAAGUAUUCAACACUAUUUCUUGCCAUAUAGAUGCCACGUGGGCGUGGUGAUACCUGUCGCAAAACCGAGAGGUAAGCGCGCCAUGGCGCUGAAAGAAACGCUUCCAGCGUUGAGUCUUGAACACUAUCCCGAUGUCAGUCGACUUAAAGCUCGACACGAACAUGUACCAGAUCUGUAGUGUCAUAAGUUAGAUCAAAAGGUGCAAUGGGGCUUUUUGUAAAACGACGUGAGCUCGCUGUAGGAGGUUUCUAACGUGCGACGAUUAUACUCAAAGGCGAGAAACGUGGAUUAUGUUUUGGUAAAGAUGUGUCAGUGGAAAAAUAUGUUCAUCAAGCGUCGCUUUAAGUGGGAUUGUUAUAAACUCAAGAAGGAAUGAUUGCAUGACAGAUACGUUCAAACGGCAAAGUAGGCUACAUUCGUAAAGGGCGUUUGGGUUUCGUUUGAAAGAAUUACGUUGGGGAAAAACGGCUCUGGAACUGCCGAUCUUUAAGUGGUGCUCAUCAAACGAAACGUUGUUACUGGGAGAAAAAAAUAUCAUGAGGCACAAACAACAGAGAUGCGAUAAAAGUGUGAUGGUUCUGAGCGAAGUAUAAAGCAAAUGGUUCCACAGAGGCGUUCAUCUUACUUCCCGUUGAUAUCACGAACGUUGAGAUUUUUUAACACAAAAUAGAACAAUUUGAUUGUUGUUAUUAAGGUGCUGCGUCAUCAUUAUCAAUACCGCAGCAAAGGGGACCAUGAGGCUAUAUGUGAUGAUGUUGAUGAUGAUGAUGAUGAUGUUGAAAUGACGAAUGGGUCAAGCAAAACAUAUUACCAACAUAUUAAAGAAUUGCUACAAAUACAACUGACAGCUUAUUUUGUUGUGAUAUAUACUGAACCAGUACUGUCAAAGAAAAAUUCUAUCACACUCUGACUCUUAGAUGCAUUUUGUAUCUUUCUAUGUGUUUCGUGCGGCUCAACCUCCUCUCAAUGAAAUGUAAUCCAUUUGUAGAAUAGAUUGCAUUAAAAAAUCUGUUUUUGUUUUUGGCUUAGAAGGACAAAGCUUACAUACCCAGUAUAUUGAUGAAUUUUGUCCAACAGUUACAGAGAAACGUGUACAUGUAGAACAGAGAGGUAACGAUUGUACGUGACUUUGUGCAUUGGUGGUAAUUUACUUCGUCAUAUAUGGUAGACUUGUUUUGGUACAAAUUCUGUGUAAACAAUUUCAAUACGAAAACUUUCCUUCAAUGUCUUAGGUCUGUAUAUUUUCAAAAUAUGUCUGUUGGUGGUGUCGACCUGUAUCUAAAGCUUGUUUAUAAGAAUGUACAUGUACAUGUAUCUUAUACAUGUUUGUGUACAUGUAUUUCGUACAUGUCACUGUGUACAUGUAUUUAAUGCAUAUCGGUGUACGUGUAUUUAAAAUACUGUACAUGUAUUUCAUACAUGUUUACAUGUAUUUAGCCUAUACAUGUUUUUCAUACAUGUUGGUGUACAUGUAUUUCAUACUUUAUGUACAUGUAUUUUAAUAAGUGCGAAUCGGUACGAUUCUGCACUUGAUUCGUCAGUUGGUGCUUUUAUUUUGUGAAUAACAGGUAUACAUGUACGUGUGUGUAACGUCCGUGAAUAGCGAUUCAAUGUCGAUGUAAAAACAAAAAUCACUGGGUUGUAUGUAUAUUUCAUGAGCUUUGGACGACCAGGAAGGAUUAAAUUCCUUUUACAGAAAAAUAUGUAUAAUUUUACUUUGAGUCCUUUAAUGACCACAAUUUGAGAUGAGAUCCAAUGUCUGUAUAUCAUAACAUGCACUGUGACUGAGUCUACGUUAGGGAGAAUUUUGGGCAACAUACUUGAAAAGCCAAAAGGAUUGGUGUACUUCCUACCACUGUACAUGUAUGAUGUGAAUGUUGUUUGACCUUCACUGACUGUCAAUGACAAAUGGUUCAAAGACCAUGUAGAUUUACUUUAAGUUUCAAAAUUGUCAAGUCAGUUACGUUCUCUCACUUACGUUCUCUCUGAGUGAAAAAUUGGUAAAAUCUUUAACAAAAUAAUCCCAAUGCAGAUUCUAAUUGGAAAAUGUAUGAUAAAAUAAACGAGAGGUUGAAAACCUUAACUAACUUGAGCCUCAAAUGUAGUGUUGUCAGCAUUUAAAUUUAUAUCAAUUGAGCGGUGUAACGUAUGAUAUGCCAAUUGAAAUCAGGACGACGCUUUCUUUUGAUGGCUAAAACCUGAGGAAUCUGCUUUAAUUAUUACACUCGACGAGGCCUAGACAGACAUGGAUUCUCCAUCUCGAGGAGUUUGGUGAAAGAAAUACAUGUAAACUUCUUCAGAUAAAUUGUACAUGUUUGUAUUAUUAUGUGUAUUAUAUUGAAUAAUAUAUGUGUGUAUGUAUAAAGUAAUUAGAGGGCAAAGUAUCAAAAAGCAAUAAAAUCUUCAUGAAAUUCAA